CACACACACGGUCCGUGGGGGAGAGGACUCAUUGUAAACAGUUGCAAUGUGACGUGUGGAGAAAAACUUGAGUUCAGACGGGAAUGCAGCACCUUUCCAACUCACAGAGGAAUUCAUAAAGUCAUGGAGCUUACACGAGUCAUUGUGAUCUUGGCCCAAUGCGUAUGGCCCUUGUGGACUCAAGUCAUCCACCUAACGGACAUGUAUGGGACCAUCAAGUCUCCAAACUUUCCUGAAUCCUAUCCGAAAGAGAUAGAUAUACAGUGGAAUAUUACCGUAACAGAUGGAUAUAAAAUCAGAAUCUAUUUUAUGCACUUCGACAUAGAGCCGUCAUACCUGUGUGAGUACGACUACUUGAAGGUGUACUCAGACUUGGAAGAGCUGGCUGUGUUUUGUGGAAAAGAAAGUACAGACACAGAACAGGUUCCUGCGGAUAAUGUCAUCACGUCCCCUAGGAACUUGCUCAGUGUGGCGUUCCGUUCGGACUUCUCUAAUGAGGAACGCUACUCUGGAUUUGAGGCUCACUUUAGUGCCGUUGACGUGGAUGAAUGCAGAGACAGAAAUGAUGAAGAUCUUGUCUGUGAUCAUUUCUGUCACAACUACAUCGGUGGCUUCUACUGUUCUUGUCGCUAUGGGUUCCUGCUUCAUUCUGACAACAGAACUUGCAAAGUGGAGUGUAAUGAAAGCGUGUACACGGAGCGCUCUGGGGAGAUUACAAGUGCUGAUUUUCCUAAACCGUACCCAAAAAGCUCUGACUGCACAUACCGCAUUGAGCUGGAAGAAGGUUUUCUAAUCACUUUGGAGUUUGAUGACACCUUUGACAUUGAAGACCACCCUGAAGUCACCUGCCCCUACGACUUUAUCAAAAUUAAUGCAGGAGACAAGGAUUUUGGCCCAUUUUGUGGUGAGCAGUCACCUGGGAAGAUCCAGACAGGAAGUAACAUAGUCAACAUCCAGUUUCAGAGUGACAACACCGGCGAGAAUCUUGGAUGGAAACUCACUUACACCUCCACUGGUUCUGAAUGCUCUCCUCUUGCGGCGCCCUUUAAUGGACACCUGGAGCCUCUGCAGUCUAACUACAUCUUCAAAGAUCACGUUACGCUGACCUGUGACCCUGGAUACUCACUGAGACUGGUUGGAGAGAAGUCGCCAUUCACUUCUGCUGAUAAAGAUGAUAAAGAAUUUGAGCACUAUCAGAUCGAGUGUCAGAGGGAUGGGAAAUGGAGCAGUGACGUCCCGCUGUGUAAAAUGGUUGACUGUGGUCCAGUGGAUGUAGUUCUGGGUGAGGUGAUUUUUAAAAGUUCUGGAAACAGUACCGUGUUUGGAUCCAGAAUCCAGUACAGCUGCAGAGACUCUCUCCAGAUCAACAACACUUACACCUGUAAUCAGAGCGGGGAAUGGGUGAGCGAGGACGGGACGCCCCUGCCCACUUGUCUGCCAGAAGAUUUGGAAAGAACCCUGAGUACCAAUUCUGAAUCUCCACUUCCUAAUCCAUUAGCAAGUACUCCUCUCGCAUGUGGUGAGCAGUCACAGCUCUUCCCAGCACAGCAGAAGCGAAUCGUUGGUGGGAGAACAGCGUCUCCGGGUCUGUUCCCCUGGCAAGUUCUGCUCUCAGUAGAGGACGUGUCCCGUGUCCCUGAGGAUCGCUGGUUUGGUAGCGGUGCUCUCCUCUCCUCCACUUGGGUUCUCACGGCCGCUCACGUUCUAAGAUCUCACCGUCGUGAUCUUUCGGUCGUCCCUGUCGCUUCUGAACACAUCCGAGUCCACUUGGGCCUCACAGAUGUAAGGGAUAAGCACCUUGCCACCAACCGGUCUGUAACGAAAGUCAUCCUCCAUCCUCAGUUUGAUCCUCAAAACUAUAACAACGACAUUGCUCUGGUCAAACUCAGCCAGGAGGUGGUGCUGUCUGCAUUAAUACGACCCGUGUGUCUACCAAGGCCUGGUGUAAAAGGUCAAGCCCUGAUGCCUUUGCCCAACACACUGGGUAUAGUGGCUGGUUGGGGCAUUAACACAGCCAACGCUUCUGCUUCUACCAGUGGCUUGACCUCAGAUUUAGGCACCGUCUCCGAGCUGCUCCAGUACGUGAAACUCCCAGUUGUGCCCCAGGAUGAAUGUGAAACUAGUUAUGCAUCACGCUCCGUCAACUACAACAUCACCAGCAAUAUGUUCUGCGCUGGCUUCUACGAGGGCGGUCAGGACACCUGUUUGGGGGACAGUGGCGGAGCGUUUGUCACCCAGGAUGCCCAGAGUGGGAGAUGGGUGGCACAAGGACUGGUGUCCUGGGGCGGGCCAGAGGAGUGUGGCAGUCAAAGGGUGUAUGGGGUGUACACUCGGGUGGCAAACUACAUCCACUGGCUACACAGACACAUGAAUGUGGACCGCUGAUGGUGAGGAAGUCGGAAAAGUGUAGUAGAGCUGGAAGUCUCUCCUCAUUUUUAGUUUUUAUCAUCUUAUUUUAUCAUUCUUAUCAUUUUCUACAAACUUAAAGGUGCUAUAUGUAGGAUUGACACCGAGUGGUUGAACUAGGUAUUGCAGUCCAAAUUCAAAAUAUUGAUGUUUUUUUUUUCACUAGGCUCUUCCUCCUCAGACUUGACACACACGCAGGUUGCCAGAUUGACGACACCAACGGGAACGAGCGCACAUGGCAAUGAAUGAACGGUAUUAUUAUGCCUUAGUAAAGUCAAAAUUAAAGCAAGUCGAGAGUUACACACUGAAGUGUUCACAAAGUGUUUAUUUGUAGUACAGAUGGUAUGAACUUGCGCUGGCCGCUUGAGUCAACUAGAAAGAACCAUAUAUUCAUCAAGUUUUUACUCAUCUCAGUUUUGGCCCCAUGCUUGAAUCCUUCAUCCUUUUUCAACAUCUGCUGUUAUUUAAAACUUAUACUAUACUCUUGUAAAAUGAUAUUACCCUUCAGUACUGGUAAAGGUUUUUAGCUUAUGAAGACAGCAUACAUUUUUUACACUACCGUUUAAAAGUUUGGGGCCAGUAAGUGUUUUAAGAUUUAUUAUUUUAAAAUAAAUUAACACUUUUUCAUCAAACAAUCCUGAAAAAGAUGAAAAUAGUAAGCAGCACAACCAUUUUCAAGAGCGAUCAUAAUAAAAAAAAUAUAUUUCUUUAGCACCAAAAUCAGCAUUAUAUUUGAAUUAUUUUUGGAGGGUGGGUCAUGUGACUGAAAAUGUAGUUUCUCUAUCAAAUAUCUAAAAUACAUAUGAAAAAAAAAAAUCAAUUGUACUAAUAUUUUGCAUUAUUAACAGUAUUUUUGCACAAUGCAGCCUUGGAACAUAUGAAAAACUUUUUGUAAGACAUCACAAUUUUUUACCUAUCCUAAGUAUUUUAAUGUCAUGAUACAAAAGCAAAAUAUAUAAUAUACAUCUUUAUAAUGAUACAUAUAAUAAAAAAUUGGUUACACUCCUUUUAAAAAGCUGCACUGAUGUAGUUGCAUUGUUAUAUCUGCACACGUUGAUGUAAUAUGAAUUAAAUAAAUGUUUUAAGAAACCUG